AUGAGCUAUUCGUUUUAUUUUGAGAAUGGAAACGACCCAAUGGAUAUCACUGGGAAUGAAGAUCCGUACAAGUUAGAGGAACUUGCAUCCUAUAACGCUUAUAUCGAGGCUAGACAGAAAGUGAUGAUGGAAGCUGAUCAGAACAAACGAGUCAGUAAUGAAGUUAAGGCACAUGUCGCUCACUUGGUUGAUAUACACCCAAAGAAUAGCGUCAGAGCAGUCGCUCUAGACUUGGGCUUAGAACCAAGAAGUUUACAACGGUGGUAUAGUACCUGGAAGAAAGGCCCAGACUCUUUGUUCAAAACUAUUGGUCGACCAAGAAUUAUCGAAGCAGAAGGCGAACUGGCAGAAGCAACGAGGAACGCUGUUACAGAGUUUUAUUACAAACAGCCAACCGCCACAGCUGACCAGCUACUUGGUCGAUUGACUAGUACUUUUGAGGGUCUAUCACUUUCGAAACCUACACUGUAUUGUUAUUUGAAUGAUCUUUAG